AAUCACCCCUAUUCAAACCAAUUUCUCCCAUUGACCCCAAUCUCUUCCGUGUUUUCCUUCAUUUUCAUUCGCCACGAUUCUCCAUCAGAUUUCUUUUACCUAAAUACUAGUUGCGCACUAAUAGGGUUUUUGAACAAACUUCAAUUUUGAAUUUUGGGUUUAAUGGCGGACGGAAGCACUCCAUGCAGAGUUACUAGAGGUAUACCCAAUUUUGUACAGAAUUUUGAUGAUGCUCCAUCUUUUGAUUUGUGUAUAACUCAAGAUGAAGGAGAUUUUACAGGCUUAGUUGCUAGAAUGGUUGCAGAGAGUAGUAUUAAGAUGCGACAUGACCCUAUAAGUAUGGAAACAAUGGAUGAGGAAGGUUCAAAAUCUAUCAAACGAAAAGAGGUCGUUCAUCCUUCGAAUUCCAAAUCCCCUGCACCAAGUACUGAAAAGCGAAGAAAAGUCAUCGAUGGCAGUUCAGUUAACAAGGGCAAAAAUGUUGUUGAAGAUGGACCUUCCAAAGAAUUGGAGAGUAACUUCUUUGUGAAAGAUGCUCCUACUCACCCGGUGCACAUGAGUUGUUGCACCAAUACAGAAGUAUUUAAACAACUAAAGGAAAAACUUACUGACAAGCAGUACAAAAUGUUUGGGGAAACUUGCUUUGGUGUAUUCAUUCGGAUGCAACACUGUGACGUUCAAGCUUAGAUCCUAAGGUUUUGCAUGGUGAAAGAGCUUAUGGAAAGUACUCCAGAUGCAUUUUUAAUUGAUAUUAAUGGUAAGGAAUUGCGGUUUUCUAUCAGGGAAUUUGCACUCAUAACUGGGUUGAAGUGCAUUGGCGAUGAGAAUGCUUUCCCAUUUAACCGAAAAGGAAAAAACAGAAUUUUGGAGAAAUAUUUUGGUGGUUCUAAAACCAUGCCUUAUAAGGAAGCUUUGAUGGAAUGUUGCAAAGAUAAAAACUGGGGCCUCAAUGAUGCUGAUGCCGUUAAGAUUGCGAUAUUGUAUUUCAUACAUACUUACAUCUUGUCCAAUAAGAAGAAGGUUAUAAAGAUACCAAGGCUACAUUUUGAGUUGGUAGAGACCGGAAGAUACGCAGAUUACCCAUGAGGUAAGAAAGCAUUCACAGAGUUGGUUAAAAGUAUGACACACAAGAUGAAUUCGGAGAAAAGGUUUUAUAGGCUUCACGGAAUGCCCCUUGCGAUGCAAGUUUGGUUAUAUGAGUGUUGUUCACAUGUUGAUGAGACUCUUGCAGUCAAGUCGGACAACGACAUCCCUAGAAUGUUAAAUUGGAGGACAAUAGAAAGCUAACCAACUUUCAAAGAUCUGAUGGAUGGCAUGUUUAAAGAAGAUAACAGCCCGGUAAUUUGUUUUAAUCAACCUUAUUUAUAUCAUUUUUUAUUUUUACUUGUAUAUGUUGCUUUUUUCCAUAUGAAAU